CUAUUUAACAGGUCCUAUUCCCCCAGAGAUAGGGAAUUUGAAAGCACUUGAAAGUCUGAGCUUGUCUGAAAAUAAUCUCACAGGUUCAAUCCCAAAAUCACUAGGUAGCACAACCAACUUGGCUCUUCUUUCCCUGGACAGAAACCAAUUUUCUGGUUCAAUUCCUGCUUCCUUAGGCAAUUUGAGUAAACUGGAAAUUCUGGAACUCCACGAUAACAAACUUUCUGAUGCCAUUCCGGAAGAGUUGGGACAAAUACCAGAGUUGGUUAUGUUGGAGAUGAGGGAAAAUCAGCUCUCUGGUCAGCUACCCAAACAACUUUGUCAAAAUAGCAAAUUUAUGUACUUCAGUGUGAGCAACAACUUGCUUACUGGUCCAAUCCCAAGAUGCCUGAGAAACUGCUUAAGCUUAAUUAGGGCCACUUUUAGUGGGAACCAGCUAACUGGUAACCUGAGAGAUGUUUGAUAUACUUCCAGGCUUGAAUAUGAUGGACCUUAGCAAUAACCAUUUCUACGGGGAGCUCUCAGGAUAUUUGUUGAGAUCUGCAAAUCUGAGAAUUUUGCGGAUGGCAAACAAUAACAUCUCAGGUUUUAUACCUUCAGGAUUGGGGAACUUAUCUCAAUUAAAUGAACUUGAUCUUUCUUCAAAUCAAUUAACUGGUGAAAUUCCAAAGGAAAUUGGGAAAGUAGCUUCUAUUAUAUAUCUGCGUCUGCAAGACAAUCAAUUUUAUGGAAGCAUACCUCUAGAAAUAGGAAUCCUAACAAAUCUGCUUUAUCUCGAUGUGUCCUCAAACACCUUGACUGGAUCCAUUCCAGGAUACUUGGGAGAUUGCCAGCAACUUUCUUAUUUAAACUUGAGCAACAACAAUUUAAGCCAAAAGAUUCCAGUUCAAAUAGUUAGGUUAGAUCACUUAUCCCUUUUGGAUUUAAGUAAUAAUUUGUUAUCAGGAGAGAUACCUUCUGAACUAAGCAGUUUGGAGAACCUCGAAGUGUUGGAUCUCUCACACAAUAACCUCUCUGGCUCUAUUCCUAGGGGCUUGGGAAAAUUGCCUGACUCAGUUCAUAUUGACCUAUCCUUUAAUAACUUAGAGGGUCCAGUUCCAAAUGGAACGGCUUUCAGGAAUGCCACCAUAGAAGAGUUAAAGGGAAACAAAGGCCUGUGUGGCAACAAUGCAGGGCUAAAACCUUGUGAAAAUCCUCAAAGGAAGGAGAAGGGGCACAAACGUGUUCUCAUAAUUGUACUCCCUCUUGUGGGAUCUCUCAUACUAGUUUGUGCAUCUUUGGGAGUUCUUAUCUGUUGUGAAAGAAGAAAAAGUAAAAGAACAACCAAUGGACAUGGCAUGGAUGUAAAGGAUGACAAUCUGUUUUCUAUAUCCACAUUUGAUGGAGAAGCAAUGUACAGAGAAAUCUUAAAAGCAACACAAGAAUUCAGUGACUUGUUUUACAUUGGAGGAGGAGGUUAUGGAAGUGUUUACAAGGCACAACUUUUGUCUGGUGCCACACUGGCUGUAAAGAGACUUCAUGACUUGUCCGAAAUGGCAGAUCAUGGAGGUUUCUUGAAUGAGAUAAGAGCUUUGACAAGAAUCAAACAUCAAAAUAUUGUCAACCUUUAUGGUUUCUGCUCAAAUGCUACACAUUCUCUUUUGGUUUAUGAGUACCUCGGACAAGGUAGCUUGGCCAAAAUUUUGAGAAUAGAUAAAGAAGCCACGGAGCUGGAUUGGGAAAAGAGGGUGAAUAUCAUUAGGGGUGUUGCUGAUGCUUUAUCUUAUAUGCAUCAUGAUUGUUCACAACCAAUAGUUCAUCGGGAUAUUUCCAGCUACAAUGUCUUGCUUGAUUCAGAAUAUCAGCCUCGUAUUUCUGACUUUGGCACUGCAAAGCUUCUCAAGAAGGGCUCGUCUAAUUGGAGUGCUCUUCCAGGUAGAUGUGGAUCUAUUGCACCAGAACUUUCAUACACGAUGAAGGCAACAGAGAAGUGUGAUGUUUAUAGCUUUGGCAUCCUGACAUUAGAAAUAAUCAGAGGGAGGCACCCUGGGGACCUAAUAGAUGUAUUGAUGUCUCAAAAACAGGGAAACAUAGAACUGAAGGAGUUGCUGGAUCAGAGACUUGCAUAUCCCUCACCAGAAAAUGAAAAGAUUUUGGUAUCUAUCCUCAAAAUAGCAAGAUCAUGUUUAGAGGUUGAUCCAAAAUCUAGGCCAACAAUGCUUGUCAUUUAUAGGUUGUUAUCAAUCGGAGCACCAGUUGUGCAGCAUCCUGGGCAAACAGCAGUGUGGAUUGGAGAUGAGACAAUGGAUGUCUAGAAGAUCUUGAGGCAUUACUGCAUGAAAAUCAAAUUCCAACAUUGUUAGACAAAGUUUUAAUGGGCAUGUGAAGAUAGUUACUUGGAAUAAUCUAUUGUCUUGAGUUUCAUUGGCAAA